UUACCAGUUGCGUCAGUUUUAUCCCCAUUGACAGCGCACGUCACGAAUAUAUUGAAUCUAAGUAUUUACCCGACGGAAGCAAAUGUGGAAAAUGCUUUUAGAAAACAAAACAAAUGACUCGAGAUAAGAACAGUGACUAACUUGUCUUCCAAUAUAAGCUGUGUACAAUGUCACUUGACACUAAUUUAUGUGGACGCGCUGCAUGACCGCCUACCACAUCAUUGGAACCAGUGACUAUUUACUUGCAUUAUUAAGUGCCUGUUUCGCUCGUGUCUUCAAAAAUAAUAACAUAAUAAAAUGAAAUUGUUAUUGUUAUUUAUUUUAUAUUAUAUGCAGUGGAUAGGGUCGUGGAGUAAAGGUGAUUUUGAGAAAUAUGGACCUCUCAGUAUUGCUUUGAAAAUGGUUAAAUGUGAUCACAACAGGGACCUUGAUCUCGACGUUAGCGGUAUCGAAGUGUACUUCUACGACUAUAAAAAUGGCGACGUCCAUUCCUUCCCUAUUAACGAAGCAGCACAUGGCAUCCUGUCAUUACCAAACUUGGAUAAAGUCAAGAAAAUCUUCAUGUUUGUCGGAGGAUUUAAGUCCAACAUCAACAAGAAUACGGAGAACCGUGUCAGGGAAACCUUCAAAAACUUUCCCAACAGCUACCUAAUGAUCGUAGAUCACUCACCCUACACUAACGACAAUGAUGGCAAGAAGAAAAGCUACGAAAGGUCCGUCAAAUACGUCUACUACAUUGGAAAGCAGUUGGCCCAAAUGUUGGUCGGACUGUAUCAAGGAGGCAUCUCCCCAAAAACUAUACACUGCAUUGGCCACAGCUUAGGAAGCCAAAUAUUGGGCCAUGUUGGAGAAAACUUCAUCAAGGCAACAGGGCAGAAAAUCUCAAGGAUAACAGCAUUGGAUCCAGCUGGCCCAUGUUUCUCCAACAGUUUGAUUGAAGAACAAAUUCGUGCUGGAGUAGCUGACUAUGUGGAAGUUUAUCAUUGCAAUGCUGGAGGCUUGGGCACAUCUAGCGUUUUAGGCGACGUAGACUUUUUCGUGAACAAAGGGCAGACGCAACCUAACUGUGGAAAAACUUUGGUCCCGGGCAUCCUGGAAUCUUCCUUCUCUGCUAAAUGCAACCAUAGGACUUGUGUGAUGAUGUGGCUCGCGUCGGUGGCCAACCCCGACUGGUACCCCGCGUACAAAUGCGAUAAGUACAAGAACUUUAAGGUAGGCAAGUGUUCUAGGAAUGAUAGGACUACUGCCGGCUUCUGGAACCCUGGUAACGCGACUGGUGUUUAUUACUUUUCAACAGAAGGAUAUAAUUUUGAAAAUUAGUAUUAUUUGUGUACUGAAUACUAGUCUUUAGCUCUAUAAGAAUUUGGACUAUUUUUGAGAAACAAUACUUUGUGAUAUUAAACAUGUGCUUCCAUAGUAAUUAUUUAAUAGACGCGAUCUCAAUGGUUUGAAUCUAGUUCGCUUAAUGCUUACUUCACUACUUAGUACAUUUAAUGGAAUAGUAUUUUUUUCCUUUUUAGUUUAAUUUAAGCAUUCGAGUCAUUUCUUUGAACUGACUUUAGACACCUUAAAUUUGAUUAUAUUUAGAAUCUAGUUUGUUUAUUGGGUACGUGAUAAUAUACUGUUCAGGAGCCCUUUAUGCGAAGAGAAAUGCCGCUUUUCGCCGUUUAUUGCACUGUCACACUUCAACAACGUUUUACCCGACUGCCAGGAGGGUUAUGUGUUUAGCGCGUAUCUUGUAUGUAUGUAAUAUUCUUUUAUAAUAUUACUUUAAGGCGUGAUGGUAGACCCUCAGUAUAUUUCUGUGUUGUAUUAUUGUAAAUUAUGAUCUACCUCCAAAUAUUAUAAGUUAUUUUACUUUGGACUUAAAAAUAAAUAAAUCGAACAAAAUGUCAUGAGUUUUAGUGUU